AGGCGGUGUUGAUGGUAGGAGGAGAUUGUGCGUCGACGUCUUCCGCGUUUCCCCGGAUUUCAACCACUGUCCUGAUUCCAUCGUGUCUUCUCCUUGCACGUUUUACGCUCAGCCCACCCUCCCAAUUGAGUUAGUUGUAAAGAAAAAAAAACAAUUAAAUAAAUUAUACAGGACUCAACGCCCCCCUUUCCCUUCACCUCUCCUCUUUCUCUCCCCACUUCGCAAAUAACUAACAUUACCACCGCCUUCGUUCUCCACAUGCAGCAUCGGAGUCCUGGGCCCCGGCGCACCGGCUCCAGCCAUGUCGGCGAGGAAUACAGCGGCUGGCGGCGGUGACGGAGCGGUAGGGGAAAAGACAGGAGACGCAUUAGAGGAAGAACCCCAGGGCCUCUCUGUCUCUCUGUUUGGUUUGAUGACCCCCUCCUCAGCCGCCGGCAUGGCCUCGGGCAUAGAGAUGCCCAGGAAACGGAAAGGCAGCAUGGACAACCUGGAAACAAAAUCUGCAUCAAAUCUAGAGGAGGAUAUGGAGGACGAUCAGGGAAGAUCGGAAGGAGAUGACCAACAAUUAAAAAUUAAGUGUAUCAGAGAACCUCACAGUCAGAUUGAGAAACGGCGGCGAGAUAAGAUGAAUAACUUGAUUGACGAGUUGGCAGCGAUGAUACCCACCUGUAACCCCAUGUCCCGCAAACUUGACAAACUCACUGUGUUACGAAUGGCUGUCCAGCACCUCAAAUCACUCAAAGGAGCGACCAGCUCAUUUGCAGAAGCCAAUUACAAACCUGCUUUCCUCCCAGACGAUGAGCUCAAACACCUUGUCCUAAAGGCUGCGGAUGGAUUUCUCUUUGUGGUUGGCUGUGACCGUGGAAAAAUAAUCUUUGCAUCAGAAUCAGUUUCAAAAAUCCUGAACUACAGUCGGACGGAGUUAAUUGGACAGAGCCUGUUUGAUUAUGUUCAUCCAAAGGACAUUGGUAAAGUGAAGGAACAGCUGUCCGCCACUGAACUCUACCCACGGGAGCGCCUCAUCGACGCCAAAACGGGAUUGCAGGUGCAGGCUGAGAUCCCCGUCGGAGCAGCUCGACUUUGCUCUGGAGCCCGGCGUUCAUUCUUCUGCCGAAUGAAGUACAACAAAGUUACCAUCAAAGAGGAGAAAGUCUUUCAGGCUGGGGCCUCAAAAAAGAAAGAGUCACAGCGGUACUGCACUGUGCACUGCACGGGCUACAUGCGUACCUGGCCCAAGCGCCAGCUGGGCACGGAGGGGGAGGCUGAGGCGGAUAAAGAGAGCUCCCACUUCAGCUGCCUGGUAGCAGUGGGCCGCAUGCACCCCCACACCCUCCCGCAGGCCAACGGAGAGAUCAAAGUCAAGCCCACCGAAUUUGUCACCCGCUACGCCAUGGACGGCAAAUUCACCUUUGUGGAUCAACGAGCCACCACCAUUCUGGGUUACUUACCCCAGGAGCUGCUAGGCACAUCCUGCUAUGAAUACUUCCAUCUGGAUGACCUGCCUCAUUUGGCAGAUAGACACCGGAAAGUGUUGAGAAGUAAAGAGAAGAUUGAGACAAACUGCUAUAAGUUUAAAACGAAAUAUGGCUCUUUCGUCACCUUACAAAGUCAGUGGUUUAGUUUUAUAAAUCCCUGGACCAAAGAAGUAGAAUACAUAGUGUCAACCAACACGGUUAUAUCUGGUAAAAGUAAUCCAGGUGGAUCAGGGGAUAAAGCUGAGCAGCCAAGCAGUUCCAAGGCCUCGGAGGAUGAUGCUAAGAAGUCCCAACAAGUUCCUAUCAUCCCAGGAAUCUCCAGUGCAUCAGGAAUGAUUUACGCUGGGUGCAUAGGGACCCAAAUUGCUAAUGAGAUUAUGGACUAUAAUAGGAUGAACUCCUCACCAUCCAGCGGUAAUACAAGUCCAUUCAGUGUGCCGCAGGAAAAGUCUCCACUGGCCCUUGUGCAGGCCAGCAGCAACGUGCCAAAUGGGGAAGCAACAGAUGUGGAGAUGACUGGCAAGUCAGGCUCAGUGGAGGAAGCGAGGGGUGGGGCCUUCACAGCAGGAGAAAAUCUGAUGGAGGGGAGCUCUCAGUUGGAUCUGGAGAGUGUUCCUGGUUUGGGUGCUCUGAGCACCGACGAGGCAGCCAUGGCAGUCAUUAUGAGCUUACUGGAAACAGAUGCCAACCUGGGUGAGGCCGUGGAUUUUGACGAGUUGCACUGGUCUCUUUGAACAUACUCCAAUUAAUUUUUUAGUUUUUUUUUUUAAAGACCCAUCUUAUCUGGAGCUUUUUAAAAUGAACCAUCCAUUCAUUUUCAAAGGGGCCGUAAGCCUUUGACAAAUCUUUGUAUUUUAUGUUUUUAAUUUAUUAGUGUUUUUAAAUGCAUUUGGACAAGCUGCAUGGCAUAUUAUCUGAUGUCUGCCCUUGGUGAAGGAGGAUGGCCGUCUCUCUUAGUACCUUAAGCUGAGUACCUUAAGCAACAGGACCAGGUUUUAUAUGGUCUGGUGUGCAUUUCUUUAUCCUUGGCAUGGAUCAGAACAGAGAGACGUUCUUGGCCUGCUUUGCCAUGUUGAGAAACACAUGCCUCAGCCAGGGCAUAAGGCAAGAACCCAAAUGGUCCACUGUGAUCCAGUGGCAUAAGGAUUUCAAAACUAUUCCUCAGUCAUUCAACACUUGAACUGAUGCUUUGAGGCAAAGCUGGACUCAAAUUUUUUUUAAUAAAAAGGUAAAAGGAUUCCUUUGGCAAGGGAAGCCUGAUAGUUAUUUUACCCUUUUAGAGCAGAAAUCGUCUUGAAUUCAAUGUUGUUAUUUUUUUUCAAGAGUGGAACAACAGGGAGGGCUAUUGGUAAAAGCGCUUGUGGUCAGUUGUCAAACAGAAUUACUUGAAAAGACUGGAAAAAUCAGAAAAUAGAGGAUCACAGUUAGGCCUGACAUUAGUUUUUUUUUUUCUUCUCUCUAGUCUACAAACCUGUGUGAAUGUGUACUUUUCCUACAGACCUCUGCCUGUUCUGCCAGAGCUGUGCUUCUCUUGAAACUGGGCUGUCAUUAAGAUUUACAACUCCUGGGACAACAUUUUUACCGUUGAGUAAGCUGUAUUAUAGAGGUCCUGGGACAAUGUUCCUGGUUUUUGCCCCCUUAGUUAGAUGUAUUAGAUCUGCUGUUCUGAAAGAUUUUCUGGAUGGAGAUCAGUGACAUGUAUAAUGGUGAUUGGAACCUAAUAAGGGCAGGGUCUCUCAGGGAACAAUUUGUGGAAACCCCUUCUCAAUAUCCUUUAGCGGAUCAGCAAAGUACCACUUUUUAGACACUCAAGUUAAGGUGGUGUUUAAGACUUAUACAUUGUUCAGGGCUCCAUUCUUUCAUUAGUUCUUCUUGUUCAGUUAUGUGCAAGAAGUAUAACAUGCUUAUGUGAUCAACAUCUAGUAGAUGAUUGUUGUUUAAACUGUAUUUUGGAAUUGUGUAAUAAGUUAAUCUCUACUCCACUUCAAAAUACUAACAAAAUCACUUUUUAUAGAGUAAAACAUUUAACAAAGUAAUGGGGAGAUGUAUUUUAACUUUCUUCCUGCUUAAUGAAGGUAUUUAAUACAAAUCCAACCAUGAAGUCACUUUUAAAUAUACUAUAUAAUGCGACCUAAAGUGAACAGUCUGUUUAUGAUUUACUCACCCUCAUGUCUUUCCAAACCUGUAUGAUUGUGUCUCAUGGAACACACAAAUGGAGAUGUUUAAAAGAAUGUUCACGCUGUUCUUUUCCGUGUAAUGAAAGUCAAUGGUGACCAUAUGGGCUUUCAAGCUUCAGUAAGGACUAAAAAUCACAUUAGAAGUAGUUCAUAAGAUUUGUGUGCUAUUUUGCAAUUCCAGUUUCAUAGAUCUCCAAUUUAUUUUACUCCAUUUUCUCGGUUUCAGUGUUGCGUUUCACCUUAAGGCUGGAAUACACUACUAAUAGACUUUUUCCCAGAUUUUUACUCUGAUUUACAGUUUCAAGGAGUCUAUUCUAGUUGAAGAUUUUGUAGAUUCACAUGAAAUCAUGUGUUAUAUGAUACAGAUAUAGAUUAUCUAGCAUCAUCAGGCUAUGAUUCCAUGCAUUUGGAAGAUAUUGAACAUUUUACAAUACAUCGUUUUAACUUGUCAUAAGUUUAAAAGUCUUCCGGUGCAUUUCAGUCAUAAGGAAUAAAGUAAGUCAUACAGGUUUUGAACAACAUGAGAAAAUAAUGCUGUAAAUUGUAUUUUUGGCUGAACUAUAACUUUAACUGAAGAACAGAUUUUAAUCAUUUUUAAAUGCUGUUAAAUGAGCUUUUGAAUAGAUAAAUCAAAAGGUAACAUCCAAUGUAGUUUUAAGCCAGUUUUUUUAAAUGGCUAAAAUCUUAGAAACAUCACCUCUUUUUGGGAAAAUGAACUUCAUAGGCUGUUAAAAUUAUGCUAUCAGAUGCCAUUUCUUGAAAUGAUUCCCUUUUUUAUAUAAUUGAGAUUUUAAUCUAUGUGCACAUCCCUGGUAUACUGGUUCUCUGUUUUUCUCUUUCUAAAUUUCUCACUCUCUUAAAACAAGUCAUCUGAAUCCUCUGGGUAAUAAUUCACCUCAUUUCAACAUGGCUUUGUAUCUAAUUUAGCAAAUUUUCUUCCAAAAUGUUGCUUCCCUUUAUACUGGUGACCUUUCAUACAGAUGAUCAGUGUAUUGAACUGCUUUAUUGUGACCGUGCACACGUGCCACACUUGUCUCAUGGUCAUGCGUGAUGGUAACGGACAAUUUUAACCAAUUGUACCAAAGCACAUUGACCGCAGACAUAUUUAAAGUACCCAUAACCCUAUGCUGUCAGAUGUUCUGUAAUUCUGUGACUGUGGUGUGAGCUGCUUUUAAAAAAUGUUUUCAUAUCAUUGUCUGCUGUCACAUGCUUCCAAGAGCUUACUUGAAGGGAGGAUGCCACCGACCCAAUCAACUGAAAUACUGCUGGAUGAUAUGCACAUUAAUGGUUUUUAGUGUAAAAAAAAUCUUGCCAUGAUUCAUUAUUCAUCCAACGCUUGGC